AUGUGCACGUGGCAUUCGCAGAGGCCAAGGUUGGUAUACACAUGUAAAAAUGUUAUCUCACUUCUACUCCCCCAUUCAUAUAUCUUUGCUUUUCGCAACUCCCUUACCAGCCAGCCCCCCUUUCUCUCCUUCACGACAACCUCGCUCCGAACCUUACAUCACACCCCUACCCGAACCUCCGCUUCGGAUCCUAAUCCCUCCCCCAUGGGAACCGAGGGUUACACUUACCUGGGACGCAAUUUCAGCCAACUCAGCAUCGACGAUGCUUCCUCUUCCUCCGCCUUCAGCGACUGCAAUAGUGACAGAUCUGGCGAAUUCGCCACCGCUUCUUCGCAAACACGCCGCUUCCUCAUCACCUGCGCCACUGAAAACUCCGACGACUUGAUCCGUCAACUCGUCGCCGAUCUCCACUCUGCCUCCCUCGACGCUCAGAAACAAGCCGCCAUGGAAAUCCGAUUGCUCGCCAAGAACAAGCCAGAGAAUCGCCUCACAAUCGCCAAAGCCGGUGCAAUCAAACCGCUGAUUGCUCUCAUUUCCUCGCCGGACCUCCAGCUCCAAGAGUACGGCGUUACAGCGAUUUUGAAUCUCUCGCUCUGCGACGAGAACAAGGAGGUGAUUGCCUCCGCCGGCGCUAUUAAGCCGUUGGUUCGCGCGCUCAGCACGGGAACCGCGACGGCGAAGGAGAACGCGGCGUGCGCGCUGCUGCGGCUGUCACAGGUGGAGGAGAACAAGGCUGCGAUCGGGCGGUCCGGCGCGAUUCCUCCGCUGGUGAACCUUCUAGGGAGCGGCGGGUUCCGCGCGAAGAAGGACGCGUCGACGGCGCUGUACUCGCUGUGCACAGUGAAGGAGAACAAGCUGAGGGCGGUGAAGGCGGGGAUUAUGAAGGUGCUGGUGGAGCUUAUGGCGGACUUCGAGUCGAACAUGGUGGACAAGUCGGCGUACGUGGUGAGCGUGCUGGUGGCGGUGCCUGAGGCGAGGGCGGCGUUGGUGGAAGAAGGCGGCGUGCCAGUGCUGGUAGAGAUUGUUGAGGUUGGAACGCAGAGACAGAAGGAAAUCUCCGUGGUUAUUCUGUUGCAGGUGUGCGAGGAUAGCGUGACGUACCGCACUAUGGUGGCUCGCGAAGGUGCGAUUCCUCCUUUGGUGGCUUUGUCUCAGUCCGGCACCAAUCGCGCGAAGCAAAAGGCGGAGAAACUAAUUGAGCUUCUUCGGCAACCAAGAUCCAGCAACGGCGGUGGUCGUACGACAGAAGUGGCGGCUUAA